GGCUGUGACCCAUCACUGCAGUCAUGGCACCCAAAAAGAACAAGGCCGCUAAGAAGAACAAAGCUGACAUCAAUGAGAUGACAAUUCUGGUAGAGGACAUUCCCACCAACAAAAUCAAUGGGCUCAACACACUCCUGGAAGGUGGAAACGGCUUUAGUUGUAUCUCAACGGAGGUCACUGACUCCGUCUAUGCACCCAACCUCUUGGAGGGUCUUGGCCACAUGAGGCAAGACAGCUUCCUCUGUGAUCUGACUGUAGCAACCAAGUCCAAAUCCUUUGACGUUCACAAAGUCGUGAUGGCUUCCUGCAGUGAGUACAUCCAAAACAUGCUCAGGAAGGAUCCAGCCCUCAAGAAGAUUGAGCUCAGUGAUUUGUCCCCAGUUGGUCUGGCUGCAGUCAUCACAUACGCCUAUUCUGGAAAACUGACCUUGUCUUUGUACACCAUUGGUAGCACGAUAUCAGCAGCCAUGCUGUUGCAGAUCCAUUCUCUGGUGAAGAUGUGCAGCGAGUUCUUGAUGCGGGAGAUCAGCGUGGAGAACUGCAUGUAUGUUGUCAACAUCGCCGACACGUACAAUCUGAAAGAGACGAAAGAGGCUGCGCAGAAGUUCAUGCGGGAGAACUUCAUCGAGUUCUCCGAAAUGGAACAGUUCCUAAAGCUCACCUACGAGCAGAUCAGCGAAUUUCUCACGGACGACUCGCUCCAGUUGCCCUCUGAGCUCACAGCUUUCCAGAUCGCAAUGAAGUGGUUAGACUUUGAUGAGAAGAGGUUGAAGUAUGCUCCUGAUCUGCUGUCCAGCAUCCGCUUUGGAACCAUCUUACCCCAGGAUCUUGUAAGUCACGUGCAGAUCGUUCCCAGGAUGAUGCAAGAUUCUGAGUGCCACCGUCUGUUGGUUGAUGCCAUGAAUUACCACCUGCUGCCAUUCCAGCAGAACAUCCUGCAAUCCAGAAGAACCAAGGUCCGUGGAGGCCAACGAGUGCUGCUCACGGUGGGAGGCCGGCCUGCCCUAACCGAAAAAUCUCUCAGCAAGGACAUUCUCUACAGAGAUGAUGACAGUGUCUGGAACAAGCUGACUGAGUUGCCCGCGAAGAGCUUCAAUCAGUGUGUUGCUGUUUUGGACGGCUUCCUUUACGUGGCUGGUGGUGAAGACCAGAAUGAUGCUAGGAACCAAGCAAAACAUGCCGUCAGCAAUUUCAUCAGAUAUGACCCCCGAUUCAACACGUGGAUCCACCUGGCAAACAUGAUUCAAAAGCGCACUCAUUUCAGCCUCAACACCUUCAACGGUCUCCUGUUUGCUGUAGGGGGGCGUAAUUCUGACGGCUGCCAGGCAUCUGUCGAGUGCUACGUUCCAUCCUCUAACCAAUGGCAAAUGAAAGCGGCAAUGGAAGUCCCUAGAUGUUGCCAUGCUAGCACAGUUAUUGAUGGCAAGAUCUUGGUGAGCGGUGGUUACAUUAACAAUGCCUACUCUCGCUCUGUAUGUUCUUACGACCCAUCCACCGAUAGCUGGCAGGAUAAGAACAGCCUGAGCACGCCGAGAGGAUGGCACUGUUCAGUGAGCGUUGGAGACCGUGCCUAUGUUCUCGGUGGCAGCCAAUUGGGCGGCCGUGGCGAGAGGGUCGACGUCUUGCCAGUUGAAUGUUACAACCCUCACUCCGGCCAGUGGAGCUACGUCGCCCCCUUGCUCACAGGAGUGAGCACAGCUGGUGCUGCCAAUGUGAAUAAUAAGAUUCACCUCCUGGGUGGCUGGAAUGAGAUUGAGAAGAAGUACAAAAAAUGUAUUCAGGUGUAUAACCCCGUUAUUAACGAAUGGACUGAGGAUGACGAAUUGCCAGAGGCAACAGUUGGUAUCUCAUGUUGUGUUGUCACCAUCCCCACACGCAAAACACGAGAGUCGAGGGCCAGCUCUAUAUCGUCAGUGCCAGUUAGUAUAUAAGCAGCGAGGAAAUGUAUUUGAGUUGCUAAAUGUAAUAAAAUUUUACAAAGUUUUAUCUUACUGUUUGUUCAAUAAAGCAAUAAGCCCCAAGAAGCCGAGGUUUAUAGUGAAUUUAUAACAGCUAAGGGGCGUUG